AUGGUUACAAGCCCCAACCCCAACACACUCAGCCACAACACACUCAGCCCCAACACACUCAGCCACAACACCAACACACACAGCCCCAACCCACUCAGCCCCAACCCCAAUACACUCAGCCACAACACACUCAGCCCCAACACACUCAGCCACAACACACUCAGCCCCAACACACUGAGCCACAACACACUCAGCCCCAACCCCAACCCACUCAGCCCCAACACACUCAGCCCCAACCCACUCAGCCACAACACACUCAUCUCCAACCCACUCAGCCACAACACACUCAGCCCCAACACCAACACACACAGCCCCAACCCACUCAGCCCCAAACCACUCAGCCCCAACCCCAAUACACUCAGCCACAACACACUCAGCCCCAACCCACUCAGCCACAACACACUCAGCUCCAACCCACUCAGCCACAACACACUCAGCCCCAACACCAACACACACAGCCCCAACCCACUCAGCCCCAAACCACUCAGCCCCAACCCCAAUACACUCAGCCCCAACCCACUCAGCCACAACACACUCAGCCCCAACACACUGAGCCACAACACACUCAGCCCCAACCCCAACCCACUCAGCCCCAACACACUCAGCCCCAACCCACUCAGCCACAACACAUUCAGCUCCAACCCACUCAGCCACAACACACUCAGCCCCAACACCAACACACUCAGCCCCAACCCACUCAGCCACAACACACUCAGCCCCAACCCACUCAGCCCCAACACUAACACACACAGCCCCAACCCCAACACACUCAGCCCCAACCCCAACACACUCAGCCCCAACCCACUCAAGCAGUUCGGACACAUCCUGCCGUCUUCUUCACCUACCGACUCCUCAUCGCGGGAGUCAGGGUCCCCUCGUAGCCUGGCCAGCCCCCAGUGGAGAAACCCAUGUCCCAGCAGGUCUCGCAGUGGCAGAUCAUGA